CUCUUCAAAUUUCGGCCCGAAACGCAAAUCAGCACUCGAGAGAAAUUCGUCACAGAACUGAAGACUCUGAAGUAUUUGCCCUGCGUCAAAGAUCAGCGUCUCAUAGUCAGAGGACCGUCGAUCACGGACCCCGCGUCCAAAAGUAAGGGUUUCCAACAUGCAUUGGUGGGCUAUCAUGACGACCAGGUAGCUCUGGACAUGUAUCAAGCAAGCCCCGAGCAUGCGAGGGUGACCAGUCAAUACUUUAUCCCGUAUAAAAAAGAUCUCGUACGUUUCGAUUUCGAAACAGAUCUUGGAGGCGAGGACUUGCUUGGAUUUUCGACUUCCUCACACGAUGCAUGA